GCCAUCUCCGCCCGUCCCCAAGAUGGCGGCGCCGUCUCCGCCCGCAGCCAAGAUGGCGGCGCCGGGGGCCGCGGGCGGGCGGCCGUGAGGCGGGAGCCGCCGCCUUCCCCCGCGCUCUGCCGCUGCGCGGGGCCGGCCGGCCGGUGGGCUUCCUCGCUCGCUGGCUGGCCGGCCGGCCGGCCGGGCCCGCCUCUCCUUUCCCUUCUCCUCCCCACCGCCAUGGCGGCCGAGAGCGGGAGGCAGUUCUGGAAGCGCAGCGCCAAGCUGCCAGGCAGCAUCCAACCUGUUUAUGGAGCACAGCAUCCUCCCCUGGAUCCCCGGCUCACCAAAAACUUCAUCAAGGACCGCUCCAAAGCCAACGCUCUGCCUAUGAAAAGCAAGAAGGCCUCCAGCUUUCACGAGUUUGCCCGCAACACAAGUGAUGCCUGGGACAUUGGUGACGAUGAAGAUGAGGACUUCUCUUCCUCCUCUUCUUUGCAAGCUCUGAACUCUAAAGUGGCCAAGGCCACGGCAGCCCAGGUUCUGGAGAACCACAGCAAGCUGCGGGUAAAACCUGAGCGGGCCCAGUCUGCGCUCAGCGACAUGCCCACCAACUGCAAGGUCAUCAAGUCCAGCAGCGAGGCCCAACUCUCCAGGACAUCUGAGGAGGGCUGUGUGCGGACCCCCCUUCAGAAGCAGCAGUCCCUUCCCCUUCGACCUGUCAUUCCACUUGUCGCCCGAAUCUCUGACCAAAAUGCUUCGGGUGCUCCUCCCAUGACAGUGAGGGAGAAAACUCGCCUGGAGAAGUUUCGGCAGCUCCUUUCCAGCCACAACACGGACCUGGAUGAGCUGAGGAAAUGCAGCUGGCCUGGUGUGCCCAGAGAGGUCCGGCCCGUGACGUGGCGUCUCCUCUCAGGUUAUCUGCCUGCAAACAUGGAGCGGCGAAAGCUGACUCUGCAGCGCAAGCGUGAGGAGUACUUUGGCUUCAUCCAGCAGUAUUACGAUUCCCGGAACGAGGAGCACCAUCAAGACACUUACCGACAGAUCCACAUCGACAUUCCAAGGACCAACCCACUCAUCCCCCUCUUCCAGCAGCCACUCGUCCAGGAGAUCUUUGAAAGAAUCCUGUUUAUCUGGGCCAUUCGACACCCAGCCAGCGGCUAUGUACAGGGAAUCAAUGACCUGGUCACUCCCUUCUUUGUUGUGUUCCUCUCUGAGUAUGUUGAGGAGGACGUGGAGAACUUUGACGUGACGAACCUGUCACAGGAUGUUUUGCGGAGCAUCGAAGCUGAUAGCUUCUGGUGCAUGAGCAAGCUGCUGGACGGAAUACAGGAUAACUACACUUUUGCACAGCCAGGAAUUCAGAAGAAAGUCAAAGCUCUGGAGGAGCUCGUCAGCCGAAUCGAUGAGCAGGUACAUAAUCACUUUAGGAAGUACGAGGUCGAAUACCUGCAGUUUGCCUUUCGCUGGAUGAACAAUCUGCUUAUGAGAGAGCUGCCUCUUCGUUGCACCAUCCGCCUCUGGGAUACCUACCAGUCGGAGCCAGAAGGAUUCUCACAUUUCCACCUGUACGUCUGUGCCGCCUUCUUGAUCAAGUGGCGGAAGGAGAUCCUAGAUGAGGAAGACUUCCAAGGCCUUCUCAUGUUGUUACAAAACCUGCCCACGAUACACUGGGGUAACGAAGAGAUUGGGCUCCUGCUUGCUGAAGCCUACAGACUCAAGUACAUGUUUGCAGACGCCCCGAAUCAUUACCGCCGAUAGGUGCUAGGACUCGAAUUCCUCCUCUCCUUUGUGCCCAUCCCCUCGUCCUGGCCUGAUCUGAUCACUGUGGCAUUUUGUCGUCCCAAUUCCUCGGACACUCCGGCUGGGAGCUGCUCCUUGCUGUACAAAGCUCACAUCGACUCUUGUCUUAACUCUUAACGUGUGCCUGUCUGCCACUCUGUGCGCCUGGAUGUGCCACUGCAACAACCGUCAGUAUUUCACGCCGUGCUGGUGGCUCGAGCCAGGGAGAGAGGCUUGAAGGGGCUGAGGCAGGACGUGGGGAGCAGCUUUAAAAGAAACUGAACUGAGGAUGAAGCCCUCCUGUCCUCUCCACCCCUUGCCCUGGGCUUGUCCAGCUGGGACCACCUUGGCUUCGCUGCCUUGUGUUAACCUGCCACCACGUGCGCUGCCCCAUCUGCUCCUUUCUCCUGACGCCAUUCACUCCAACUCCCAGAUGAAAAUGCCUUAUCAGAGACCCAUCUGGCUGGAACAUCCUUCCCUCUGGGGGUGGUAGGGCAAGACGUUUCUCUCAGGGCCUUACUUCACUCCGAGGGUCCAGAGACCCCAAGUACUUUGUGGGUUCGCGAGAGAGCCCCUGGCGCCCACCCUCUCUGCUUCUCUCCAUCCUCUUUGCCUCCCACUCCCCCAGGGCAGAAAGGUGGGUACAGCGAAGGGGGAACACUCCAUCCACGCAUGGUUUGAACAACGUGCGCCAGUUUGAUGGGACUUUUGGUGACGGAUAUGCUGUUGGUACAGCCCCUCCGGCAUGGGGGGAGGCGCGGGGGGGGGCUGGCAGGGGAGUGAUGUCUCCCGAAGCCCCCGCUCCUCCGAGGCGUUCCAUGUAUAUUGUGUUCUUGUGUAUAUGGGUCAAAGAUGUACAAUAUACGUCUUCUGUUUGUAGCAGAUAAUGAUUUUAUAUUUAUAACGUGCACCCCUUGUUCUCCCCAUCCUCUCCACACCUGGGAAGGAUACCUGGGCAUGGUCUUGUAGGGCUUUGGACCCCUACGCAGGUGGGGUGCGUUUCAGAGCCACAGGUAUUUCUACUGCAGUGUGGUUUUGCAGUGUUGGAUCUGCCAGGAAGAGCUGUAAUAGAGAAGCGCUUCCCUACAAAGAGGAUUUGGAAGGGCGAAGAUUUAGAUUAGAUGUUAGGAAGAAAUUCUUCACGGUGAAGGUGGGGAGGUACUGGCCCAGCGCCCAGAGCAGUGGUGGCUGCCCCAUCCCUGGAGGGGUUCCAGGCCAGGUUGGAUGGGGAUUGGAGCCCCUGAGCCAGUGGGAGGUGUCCCUGCCCAUGGCAGGGGGGGCAGUUGGAGUUGGAUGGGCUUUAGGGUCCCUUCCAACCUAAACCAUUCUAUGAUUUAAAGGAGAUGGGAGCUUCCAGCAGGAAGCAGGGGAGAGCUAUGACAAGGAAACAGGGUAUCGGGGCUUGUCAGCUGCUGACAUGUGCCCCUCCAAGAGCCACUGGUGGGGCUCUCCAGGGAGGAAUGAUCUUGGAUCCAGCACUGGCUGCCCCCAGCACUCCCUGGCCAUGCUGACACGUCCUCCUAGUGCUCCUCCUAUGGGGCCGGCAAGGACUGGGCUGAUCUCACUGCCACCUGCUUUUAAAUCAAACCAAUUGUGAAUGUUUUAAUGGUUUGUUUUCUUCCUGCAGGCGGGCACUAUCUGCAUCAUGCGGGAGGGUGUGGGGAGACCGAAACGUGCCACCCUGGGCUUCUCCCGGCAUUGCCACAGGGCAAUGUGGGCUUUCCCGGCAGGGUGUGGAGGUUCCCAAUUCCUCUUUCCAUUCCUGUUCCUGUUGGGAAAAGGCAGUGGGCUGUGAGGCCAGGGCCAAGCAUGUGAAAGGCAGAGCCUUGUUGCCAAUAAAACUCCAAACAGUGGCUCAAGAAA